AGUAUUCAAAACAACAGAGGUUUGAGGAGUGGAGAUACAUCAGUAGCUUGUGGUAAGGAGGGGUUAGAGGUGGUGAAAGAAGAAGAGUACAUGAUUUUGCGGUUAUAUGUUGUUGCACUCUGCUACCAAGAAUUUUUCUCAAAGAGCAAAAAGGUUCCAAAAUGUUCUUCUUGCUUCAUUCAGAAUGUGGCUACACGAUCUCCAUAG